AUGUACCUUAGCCCGAGCCCUAAUAGCUCGCGGCCCUCUUCCCCUGCAUUUCUAUCUAGUCACAGGCGUAAUUUCUCAGUCAACUCCCAGUUCCUCCUUGAUAACACGGAGCCCGACACCACCACCCCGCCAUGGGAGGUCGUGAGGUGGACAAAACUCAAAAAGCUCAGCGGCCAAGUCUUUAGCGAAUCCGGCAGGAGAAACUUUGGCUCACCUACUUGUUUUGCUGUUGCGUCCCUGAUUAUGGUAGGGACAUCCAAGGGCUUGAUAUUGUUGUUUGACUACAACCAGACAGUAAAGAUCAUUGUUGGAGCUGGUACUAAAGCUGUCGAGUGCGGUCCUAUCACAUCGUUGGCCAUCUCCGCGGAUCAUACUGCCAUCGCCGCGGGCCACGGUACUGGCCACAUCUUUAUCUGGGAUGUAAAUAGGGCAGCAGAUGGCCAUUUCCCCGACGUCGCCAUCACACAUUUAGGCUUCCUUGGCACGCGGAGGACAGCUGUGGUCUCCGCCGAUGAUCGAGGAAUGGCCUUUGCUCACCUCGCAACCCGUGGCACGGGUGCCCUCGGGCGAAUCGUGAAGACUACGAGAAUUCUUGGCAGGUACCCGAAUGCGCCGUUACCUACCAAUAAAGCACUGAAGCCCAGCACCGUCCUUGCGUUCGCAUCCCUGCCUCUCGGUAACACCGACCGAUCGACCGACACCCUGGGGCUCACCGCGAUGCUAACGCCUUAUCUUUUGGUCAUUGUUUCAACUACGCCGGUUGCGCAGACGCAGCACAAGUCCGCGAGGCCCAAAGAGGUUGCCCGGCACAGCGCCAUGAGUGGCUGCUUGGCCUGGUUCCCAGCCGUCAAGUUAAAAGUCCCGGAUCCAGCGACUGGAAGCACUAUCUCCAAGGUCAAACUUGUAUAUUGUUGGUCAAAUGUGCUAACGGUGCUCGAUGUUGAUGAGGUGCCGACUGAUGAUCCGGAUAAGCCCCCGACGCUCAAAUUCCGAGCUCGCAGCCGCUGGACGUGUGACGAGGCCAUUGUUGCGGUGCAGUGGCUCAGUCGCUCGGUCUUGACGGUGCUCACAAUAACGCAACGGUUAAUCGUCCUUGAGGAUAAAACGAUGAGGGUCACCGAUGGCUUUGAUCUGAUCCACAAACAUAUCUACCAUGCAGAUUUGUUCUCGGAGCAGCUACACGCCCUAGUUGAGCAGCUCGAUGAAGAAGACCCGAGUAUGCACGGUGUAGUUGCUGAUGCUUUUUAUAUGAGCGUCAAAGCAUACAAGAGCAGAUUAUUCCUCCUGGGAUUCGAUGAGAUCUCGAUCGGAACACUCUCAAACUGGUCUGACAGGCUCCACGCUCUCAUGGACCAUGGUGACCACGUCGCGGCUAUCCAGCUCGCAACAUCUUACUACACGGGAGAUUCCGACAAGCUCACCGUCGGCCUCCCCGAGGACGCUGCUUUGCGACACUCUCUGGUGAAGGACAAAGUAAAUGAAAUCAUGUCCACCUCUGUCGGAUAUAUAUUUGGCCAGCAUCGCGCCGAUCCAUCAGCUGUUGGGGAUCAGGCGCUCCGAGAUCUGACGGAGGCCUGCUUUGUCGCUUGUCAAAGUAUUGGCAACACUGAUUUCAUCUUUGAUGAGAUGUACGACUGGUACGAGGAUUCUGGGGUCGAGAGCAUAUUUCUCGAAGCUCUAGAAUCCUACAUUCUAGAGAGGGUCAUCCAGAUUGUACCUCCGGCCGUGAUCAAGGCCAUGGUCACCCACUAUGUAUCUCAAGGUUGGCAGCCACGGCUCGAGGAGAUGAUUUGCCGCAUGGAUACAAGGACGCUGGACUUGGACCAGAUCACGACGCUUUGCAAGCAACACAGGCUUUACGAUGCGCUAAUCUAUGUCUGGAAUCAGGCGAUGGGAGACUAUAUCACACCCCUGAUCGACCUCCUCUCGCUCCUAGUUCCACUUAUGGAUGAUCACCAUACCCUACCUAAUUCGGGGGAUUAUAUGAAUGAGCUAGUUUACGGGAGCAACGCGCGGAAGAUCUUCCCCUAUCUUGCUUACACGCUCACAAGGCGGGUGUACCCUACUGGUGAGCCCCUAGAUGAUGAAUCAGCGACCAGGGCAAGUGCCGAGCUCUACUGGUUCUUCUUCUCCGGUAACACUGUCACCUGGCCGAGGGAAGGUGGCAAGCCACUCCUAACCCGACCGAACAAGCAUAUUGAGCCGUCGUUUCCCUAUCUCAGGCUGGUCCUCAAGUAUGAUGCGCCGAGUUUCCUGAGCGCGCUCAACGAAGCCUUUGAAGACCCGUUCCUCAACGAUGCGCCCGAAAAGAAGGAGAACGAUGUCGGUAAUGAUCUGCCGGAGGAGCAAAUUUUCGGGCAGACGGUUGAUAGGCAGUAUAUCGUCUCAAUUCUUUUGGAAAUCAUGAAUCCCUCCGACUUUGCACCCGAAGAUACGAUAUAUCUCGACAUGUUUAUCGCGCGCAACUUGCCAAAGUUCCCGCAAUACCUUCUCUUCCCAGGCUCGACACUCACAAGAGUCCUAACUGGGCUAUGCAACCACCCCGGAAUGGACCUGGCCGAGGACGCCCAACUGAGCGCCGAGUAUCUGCUCUCAGUCCACCAGCCACCCGAUAUCGAAGCGCUGAACCCACUGUUCAAGAAGGCUGGGUUUUAUCGCAUUCUAAAACGCAUCUACAAAGGCGAACGACAAUAUGGCAAGCUCAUGCAGACGUACUUCGAGGACCCAGAUGAUCGCGAACAAACCUUUGACUGCCUUGCCGACUGCCUACGGGCAGGGAGCGGCCUUACGAGCCGUCAGGUGCAUCAGGUGCUAGACGUCAUCCGCGAGAAUGCGGUGGACCUCGUCGACCUCGACCCCCAGAGGGCGGCCACCACUCUAUCAUCUCAGUCCGCCGAUUUUCACCGUGAGAUUCUAGAGUCCACCAAAGACAUGCCUCAUUUACAGUUUCAAUACCUGAAAGCCCUCCUAGAACCCGAAGGCACCGCAUCCGAAGCUUUGGCGGCUUCUGAUAAGGCCCUCAUUGAACACUACGUGCGGCUCAUGUGCGCGUUUGAGGAGGACCAUGUCGGUGACUACGUUGGUCUUGUGAAGAACAAGGACUUGCGGCUAGAUGAACUCCUACCCACUAUGGAAGAGGCGGGAGCGGUCGAGGGCAUCGUCGCCCUUAUGACUCACGACGGUAUGACGGAGCAGGCAAUGCAGCGGCUGACGACUCAUCUCGAUGACAUCGCAGUCGAGAUUGAAAAGGUGGCGAUGCACCAGGAUGACGGAGAGGACCCCGACCACGCGCAGUGGGCCGUGGCGGGGAUGCUCAAAUCGAUGCAGCGAUAUGUCAACCUGGGUAUACGGCUGUGCCAGGGCCAAUUACACCCUGCCCAUGUGAAUGGCAUCGAGAGGCGGGAGCGCCUAAAUAGCGACCACCUAUCACCUGAAGACGAGCUAUGGUUAUCUCUUAUCGAGGCAACAGUUCGAGUCACCCGAAAACUCUCUGAACCUGUUAGUGCCAUGCCUCAGUCCGCCUUUGACCGGGGCCUGUCCUCCAGUCGCUCCUCGAGGCGCGGGUCCCAGAGCACCAUCGGCGAGUCCAGAGACAGCCACAUUUUGGCGAGCCUCCUCCGGUCGCUGGUCCAGCUAGCAUUUACGGCGCUCCUAACCGAUACCGCAAAGUCAGCGGCCCCUCCACGCCGGGCCGAUCGCCAACCUCCCCGCCUCUCCCGGGAUCAACCACUCCUUCCUACGGAUCUUGCGCGCCUUCCUCUCCCGCGCGGCCAAGAUGUCCCCAGCCUCGCCGACCUCCGUGAGGUCCUGCAGUCCAUCUUCUCCGCAUACGCCUACGAGCGCUCCAUCUUGGAGCUGACCAACCGCUUGCUAGAGAACAGCUUGUUCACGAGCGUACAGCGUUCCGUUGAACUCCGCCAGCGCGGCUGGCGACCACGCGGGUCGACAUGCGAGGCAUGCGGUCGCAGGCUCUGGGGCCCUGGCGUGGGCAGCCGCAUCGUCGACGCCUGGGAGGAGAAGAAGAGCGCAGAUGAAGCGAUCAGGGAGGAGCGCAAGAGGGAGCUCUCCGGUAUGGGUAACACGCGCGGCAAAGGCAAGGCGACGACGCCAGUUAGCGAGCCGAGCAGGGCGGUCGUGGACGCGGGAGGAGACGUGGAAGAAGACGCGGCGAAGAGGCAGAGGGAGGCGCCUCUCGAUCAAGUUGUGCUCCUGGCGUGCAGGCAUAUAUACCACCGGCGGUGCCUGGAUUCCCUGCAGAUCGAGGAUGACGGCCAUUGCAUCACGGCAGAGGGAAAGCAUCGCGAGUAUAGGUGCCCUAUUGACGGGUAA